AUGAACAACGAGACUAGUGGUAAAGAAACGGCGUCUGCACCUCUGUGUUCGCCCAAGUUACCUGUAGAAAAAGUGCAGAGAAUAGCCAAGAAUGAUCCAGAAUAUAUGGACACUUCGGAUGACGCAUUCGUAGCCACAGCGUUUGCUACAGAAUUCUUCGUCCAGGUGCUGACACAUGAGUCCCUACAUAGGCAACAGCAGCAGCAACAACAACAGGUACCGCCGCUCCCAGAUGAACUCACGCUGUCGUACGAUGACAUCUCUGCCGCAAUUGUGCACUCUUCUGACGGCCAUCUGCAGUUUUUGAAUGAUGUGAUACCAACAACAAAGAAUUUGAGGCUUCUAGUGGAAGAAAACCGAGUUAGAUAUACUACAAGUGUCAUGCCCCCUAAUGAAGUUUACUCCGCCUAUGUGGUGAACGAUACGGCUCCGAAGCCCAACAUUGUCGAGAUUGAUCUUGAUAAUGACGAAGACGACGACGAAGACGUUACUGAUCAAGAAUAA